AUGGCAGACUAUAUCACCAACAAAGUUAGCGAGGAGCGACAGCGGUGGACCAAACGAGACUCACGAAGUCCGAUCGAGAACGGCAUGGAUAUGUUGAGGUUACUGGAAUAUCCGCAGCUUCUUGGAAAGACGUACCUCGAUCAUGCCGGAACGACAAUAUGGGCAAAGUCUCUCACCACCGAGUUCGCACAGCUCAUGACAGAAGACCUUUUUGGAAAUCCCCACUCAGAAUCAACACCCUCAAAGCUAUCAGACGCCCGAGUAGAGCUCGCAAGAGAAAAAGCACUGAGCUUCUUCAAUGCCGAUCCAGAAGAAUGGGACCUCGUCUUCGUCGCCAACGCAACCGCGGCUAUCAAGCUUGUUCACGAUUGCUUCCGAGACCAUGCAGCAGAAACAGGGAGGAAUUGGUGGUACGGCUAUCAAAAAGAUGCGCACACGUCCGUCGUUGGGGUUCGAGAAGGCACGCGCAUGCAUAGGUGCUUCAGAAGUGAUCGCGAGGUGGACCUGUGGAUCGACAGCAAAGGCCUUGGUGGAGCUGCGCCUCAUGAUGUUGGUCUUUUCGCGUACCCAGCACAAUCCAAUAUGAACGGUAGGCCCGCUCGCAUUCGAGACCGCGUCAAAGCCGAUGUCUAUACUCUCCUGGAUGCUGCCGCGUACGUCUCAACGACUCAGCUCGAUCUCUCGAACGUCAACUCCGCGCCUGAUUUCGUUUCCGUCUCUUUCUACAAGAUCUUCGGGUUCCCCAAUCUCGGUGCUCUCCUCGUCAAAAAAUCCGCCUCUAAACCCCUCAUGAGUCGCAAGUUCUUCGGCGGCGGCACUGUUGAAAUGGUCAUCGCGGUGAAUGACGCAUGGCACUCAAAGAAGAAGACGCUCCACAGCCGACUAGAAGACGGCACGUUACCCUUCACGGCAAUAUUUGCUCUCGACCUGGCAAUCGACAUUCAUCGUAGAUUAUAUGGCCAAGCUCCGAUGAAGUACAUUUCGAUGCACACCUGCCGACUCAGUAAGAUGCUGUACGACCAGCUCAUCGCGCUGCGGCAUUCGAACAAUGUCCCGGUGGUGAGGGUGUACAAGGAUCCCAGCUCAAUCUAUGGCGAGUCGCAUCUUCAGGGUGCGACCAUCGCAUUCAACAUCCAAAAGGCGUCUGGUGGUCUGGUUUCGUUCGUCGAUGUCGAGAAAGAAGCGGAUCGUCGAGGCAUUUAUGUGCGGAGCGGGUCGCUGUGCAAUCCGGGUGGUUUGGCUACCCACCUCCAGUGGUCACCGAGGGAGCUGAAGGACGCCUACGAGGAAGGCCACAGAUGCUCCGAGCCGUUCUCAGAGUUGUUCGGCAAAGCCAUCGGCGUCGUCCGUGUCAGCCUUGGAGCGAUGAGCAACGAAGACGACUGCGAGCAUCUCGUUCAGUUCAUCAAAGAGACGUACGUCGAUCGAACAUAUGCAGAGGGCGGUCCCAUCGUUUUGCCCGAGUUCAUUGAUCCACCGAGGACGCCGAAGACCCCUAGCAGCCUCUCACCAAGCCGGAAGGAAGUGACUGCAUGCGUCCUGCAAGUCUCUGAGCGAGAAGUCGUAACAGAAAACCGCAACCAGCAACAACAACGUACCCCCAAGAAGUUGAAGAAGCAAGAGACCUUCGGCAAGCCCGCCUUGGGCCUGCUCUCACCACCACCACCAAUAUCAGAAUGGCCCACAGCAGAAAGCCGAAGCCCCAGUUUCCAAGAGAAGAGCCUGAGCACCAAGAGUAGUUCCAGCAGAAUCAAAAGGUUCCGGAGAAGUAUGAUGGAGGUGCUGCACGCGCACAAGGCGCAUUAG